GUGUAUGAUUUUGUUAUUAAUGGCGGACCCCGGGGGUCGGUGACUUAUCUACAUCAAAUGAACUCAUCACCAAGUUGUUUCAUAUACCUAACUGUAGCUUAUAUUCACGAAAAGAACGCCUUUCAGAAAUCCAAAACAAAAUGCGAAGAUUGGUGUAUUUCGUUGCCCUCUUUGCCGUAACACAAUGUUCAGACAACUGGACACCACCGCCAGUGUGUUCCCUACCUAAGCAAAGAGGACCAUGCUCAGCUCAAAUUGAGAAUUUUUUCUACAAUCCUAUAUCCGGUCGAUGCGAUAGAUUUAUGUUUUCCGGAUGCGGCGGCAACGAAAAUCGUUUUAGAACGGAAGAGUCCUGUAUCAGCCACUGUGUCUGUCAUAUUCCACCGGAAGCUGGUCCGUGCCGAUCCUCAAUCGAAAAAUGGUUUUACAACCCGACCAAAGGUUGCUGUGAGAAGUUUACCUAUGGUGGUUGCCAAGGAAACAGCAACAACUUCCAAACAUACGAGGAGUGCCGCGCGUCGUGCGUGGGAUCCGCUCCAGGAAUGGUUAAACCGCGCGGAAGCAAUUGGGGCAGUGGAAGCGUCAUACAAUUUGAAACCAAUAAUUUCUACAACCCGAUGAGAGCCGGAAACAAGUUUUCCGGGUCAAAGACGGUUUGGCUCCACGGAGAUCGGAUGAGUGUUAUGGGAGGCACCCCUCAAGCAAACAAGAUUAUUAAUUAUAUAUCACCAAAUAUCAACAAAAAAGACCAUUGGCACUUUGUUGCAAAGCAAGGAGGGACCAAAGAAAUAUUCCCACAACAGUUAGGCGGAAGUUUAAAAUUGACCGGUAUCUCUUCCAGUAGCCAAACACAACCGGUAGGCGGGUCCCGAAUGGUACUCACCGGAAGUAGUUCAAUUCCUAUGGGAAGUUCCGGUGGACAGCUUUCAUCUAUAAUUGGUUCUUCUUCCGGUGGUAGUUUCUCUGAAGGCGUUCCAAUGGGCGGUUCUAAAUUAGUCAUGAGCGGAAGCCGCUCCGUUCCUAUGGGUUCGGUUGGAUCUUCCAGUGGAAAAUUCUCCCAGUUGUUUGGAACAUCUGGUGGCGGUUUGACCGGGGAUGGCGUUAUAAGCGGAAAUAGUUUGAUGCCAGGUGGUGCUGGUGGACGUAUGUCUUCCAUGUUUGGGAAAUCCGGCGGCGGGGGUUUGGGUGGGUCCUCCUUACGACUUUCAGGGCAGUCCACAGGAGGAAUGAUGAACGAUGAUGCUAUAGGUGGAUCCAUUGUCUCUGCGCUUUCCGGUGCGCAACAUCCGCCGGGAAUGGGUUCCGGUAUGGGAUCUGGUUUCGCCAGUGGAAUGACAAAUGGUUUAUCGCAAGGGCAAGGUAGUCAAACUGGUGGCGGCGGAUUCGUGUCAAGGGCGAAUUUAAUGUCAAAGGACAAUCGAAUUCCAAGUCCUCACAGCCACCUUUCUUUAUCGCUGCCAAUGGAGCCCAGUGGUGGCGGAAGCAACGCGUUGAUGCAGAUGAUGCGUGGAGGCGGCAGAGGACAGGACAUGAUAGGUGGCGGACUCAACAUGGCGAGGGGCGGAGGAAACUUUAUUUCGGCUAAGGACAACCCCUGGCACCCGUCGGGAUUGAAGAAAAAGUAAAAUAAGUACGGAGAAGAAUAAAAAAAAUAAAUACAUGUACUUCUGUGUGCAUAUUGUACAUCAAAACAAAAAUUCUUUUUAUUCUUAGUAUUUUUGUUUAUUCAAACGACAGAUUUGUUGAUUAUUAAUUAAAAUCAAGAAUUUACAA